AUGAACUCAAUGGAGGCGCAGCUGCAGCACGCGGCGCCACCGCACCCACACCAUCACCACCACCACCCCGCCCACCCGGCCGCCUUGCAGCCGCUGCCCAAGAGCGCGCACGAACCGGCGGACGUGGCCGCGUACUGCGACGGCUUCUCCUACCACCAGCAGGGCGUGACGCCCUACGGACUGGGUGACUACGCGCCCGCCGCGAGCCCCUACCUGUGGCUCAACGGGCCCACCGCGACUCCGCCGCCGCCCCCCUCCGCCUCCUCCUACCUGCACGCGGGCGGAGGACCGGGCGCUCCCCCCGCGCCGCUCGUGCCUUCGUACGGAGCGCAGAGGCCAUACCUGAGCGGUGCGCCUGACCUGGGCUGGCUGUCCGUGGCGAGUCAGGAGGAGCUGCUGAAGCUCGUGCGCCCGCCCUACUCCUACUCGGCGCUGAUCGCCAUGGCUAUCCAGAGCGCGCGCGAGAAGCGGCUCACACUCAGCCAGAUCUACCAGUACGUGGCGGACAACUUCCCGUUCUACAAGAGGAGCAAGGCAGGUUGGCAGAACUCCAUCAGACACAACCUGUCGCUCAACGACUGCUUCAAAAAGGUGCCGCGCGACGAGGACGACCCAGGAAAAGGAAAUUACUGGACGUUGGACCCCAACUGCGAGAAGAUGUUCGACAACGGCAACUUCCGGAGGAAGCGGAAGCGCAGGUCGGACUCGAGCGGCGGUUCUAAGGCGGAUGACAGUCGAUCUGUUGCGGCUCUGAGCGGCUCUCUGUCUCCCUCCCUGCCCGCCCCCUCUCCUCCUGAAGCGGACGCCGCUGGCGAGGCUCCGCGCGGCCCCCCCGCCCCCUGCCUGGCCGGCUUCUUUAGCACAGUGGCCGGACUUUCCUCCUCCUCCUCCUCUUCCUCCUCCGCGGUCAGACACGGCUCUCUCGGACUCCUCAGCGAGCUCUCCAGCCGCAACAUCGGCGCCUACCAGCCCGAGCACGCGCCAGUGGGGGAGCAGCACGAGAGCGCGCACGCGGCCAGGAGCGCGCACCACGGCGCGUUUACGGCAGGAGCGCAGAGCGCAGGACACUUCAGCGGACAUUUUUACAACGGCUUCAGCGUGAACAGCCUGAUCUACCCGCGCGAGGGCACGGAGUUAUGA